CUGCGACUCGAAUAAUUGCUCCAAAAAUACCGCCAGCAUGGCCACCGCCCCCUCUGGCUACUCAAUCAACGUCAACGAUCCCGGACUCAUCUCUCUGGUAAACAAGCUUCAAGAUGUGUUUUCCACAGUAGGGGUACAAAAUCCUAUCGAUUUGCCACAGAUCGCCGUCGUCGGUUCGCAAUCUAGCGGAAAGAGCUCUGUCUUGGAAAACAUUGUCGGGCGAGAUUUUUUGCCACGAGGUUCCGGAAUCGUCACUCGCCGACCCUUGAUUUUACAACUGAUUAAUCGACCACCCAACAAACCACAGGCAAAUGGAACGGAUGAAGAUAAAGCGGUAGAAGGAACCUCCGACAGCGCGGCCAAUGUCGACGAGUACGGCGAGUUCUUGCACAUUCCAGGACAAAAGUUUUACGACUUCAAUAAGAUUCGAGAGGAAAUUAUUCGUGAAACGGAAACAAAAGUCGGUCGCAAUGCUGGCAUUUCCCCCGUUCCUAUCAACUUGCGCAUCUACUCACCAAACGUCCUGACCCUCACUCUGGUCGAUUUACCCGGUUUGACCAAGGUGCCUGUUGGCGAUCAACCGAAGGAUAUUGAGAAGCAGAUCAAGGAUAUGGUGUUGAAGUACAUCAGCAAGCCAAAUGCUAUUGUUCUCGCUGUCACAGCCGCCAACCAGGAUUUGGCAAAUUCCGAUGGUUUGAAGCUCGCUCGUGAAGUCGAUCCUGAAGGUCAACGCACCAUCGGGGUAUUGACCAAGGUCGAUCUGAUGGACGAAGGUACCGAUGUUGUGGAUAUUCUUGCGGGCAGGAUUAUUCCCUUACGGCUUGGGUACGUUCCAGUUGUCAACCGUGGACAACGUGACAUUGAGAACAAGCGUCCUAUCUCGUAUGCGCUGGAGCAUGAAAAGAACUUUUUCGAGGGACACAAGGCCUAUAGGAAUAAGGCUAGCUACUGCGGUACUCCUUAUUUGGCUCGAAAGCUCAACCUAAUUCUUAUGAUGCAUAUCAAACAAACGCUCCCAGAUAUCAAGGCCAGGAUCUCGUCGUCACUUCAGAAAUACAGCCAAGAGCUGGCACAACUUGGUGACUCGAUGCUCGGUAACAGUGCCAACAUAGUGUUGAACAUUAUUACAGAAUUCAGCAAUGAAUACCGUACCGCUUUGGACGGUAAGAACCAAGAGCUUUCUAACAUCGAGUUGUCCGGUGGUGCUCGUAUCAGCUUUGUGUUUCACGAGAUUUAUUCCAACGGUGUGAAGGCUAUCGAUCCCUUUGACCAUGUUAAGGAUCUUGAUAUUCGGACGAUCCUUUACAACUCAUCUGGUUCUUCACCUGCGUUGUUUGUUGGAACCACGGCUUUCGAACUUAUCGUCAAGCAACAGAUCAAGCGACUUGAAGAUCCUUCGCUCAAGUGUGUGUCGCUUGUUUACGAUGAACUUGUCCGAAUUCUGAGCCAAUUGCUAAACAAGAGUUUGUUCCGCCGUUACCCAAUGCUUAAAGAAAAGUUCCACAACGUGGUAAUUCAAUUCUUCAAGAAAUCAAUGGAACCCUGCAACAAGCUCGUCAAGGAUUUGGUCAGCAUGGAGGCCUGCUACAUCAAUACCGGCCAUCCUGAUUUCCUGAACGGUCACCGUGCUAUGGCUAUCGUCAAUGAACGGACGCAAGCCAGUAAACCCACUCAAGUCGACCCCAAGACAGGAAAGCCCUUGCCACCUCGUUCUUCCAGUCCCUCGUUGGACACUAUCCCAGAUGCAAAUAAGGAGGGCGGAUUUUUCGGAAGUUUCUUUGCAUCAAAGAACAAGAAGAAGUUGGCUGCAAUGGAGCCUCCCCCACCGACAUUGAAGGCAUCUGGCACCUUGAACGAGCGGGAGAAUAUUGAAGUUGAAGUUAUCAAACUUUUGAUCACCUCCUACUUUAACAUUGUCAAGCGGACGAUGAUUGACAUGGUUCCUAAGGCUAUUAUGUACACUCUUGUGCAGUUCUCCAAAGACGAAAUGCAACGCGAACUUCUAGAAAACAUGUACCGCAACAACGAACUCGACGACCUUCUCAAGGAAAGCGACUACACCAUCCGUCGCCGAAAGGAAUGCCAACAAAUGGUCGAAAGUCUAACCCGCGCUAGCGAAAUUGUCAGUCAAGUUCAGUAAAUUCAGCGCUUCUAGUCUGUUUGUCUGUUGGUGUUAGUAGUAGAUAAUUAGACGGCUUUUUAUCCUCUUUCUGUUUCUUUCCGUUAUCGCGCCUAUUCCUCAUGUUCUGUCACGUUUUAUGCUGAUCUUGGCGACGUUGGAAAAGGGUCGGUUGCAUGAAUUUUCUAUAUUUCCUGCUUAUGUCUUUGAGAAUGGAGUGAGUGUGUGUGUAUGACGAGGUUGAUCAUCAAUUGAUAUUAUGAUUGAUGAAAUGUUUACAUGAUGACUUUCUUUUUUUACUAUACGAUGUUGCUAUUACAUAUUUUCUUAGGGAUUCCCCUUAUUUAGCACUUGCGUCUCUUAUAUUCUAGCUACUUACAUCUUACCGGCCUCGAAUAUUUCCAUGAUUAUAAUUAAGCAGUCUCAGCAGGUCUCUUAUCAACCGUGUGUCGAUAACUAUAGUACCACCCCUCAGACGCCAUAUCCUGUCUAACCUUAUAGUUCUCCUCCGCCAGUGCUAGCACCGAUAAAUCCAACUCUACAACCAUUACCCCUUCCUCCUCAGCACCCAUAGUCUUACCACCCACUGCACCAAUAAAAGGGAGCACGACACGCGACGACCCUAGAUAGAAAUCCGCGGGACCAGCGGCGUUGGCGAAUAUGAUGGCGCAUGUAUUUUCGAAGCAGCGGGAUGU